AUGUCAGCGAAUAGGUUAUCUGAGGAGUACAAGAACGGAGUUGAUUUUUUCUUAAGGUUUUGUUUGGAGAAUGGGGGAGACCCAAACUUUACUUGUUGUCCAUGUCUAAAGUGUUUUAAUGUAACAAAGUUGAGUUUCAAUAAGAUCAAAGAACACUUAUUCUUUAAUGGGAUUGACAGAAGUUAUAAGAUAUGGUAUAGUCAUGGGGAGAAACCCCCUAAUAUACCAGAUCCCCCUAGUAGGAUUAGUAAAGUUAGGAGGAAUAUAGAUGAAGUGAAUUGGGAUUCAUUGGAUGAAAUGAUUGAUGAUGCACAUUAUGGAACAAUAGUAGACCCAAACAAGUUUGAGACACUACUUAGUGACGAUGAGAAACCGAUUUACCCUGAUUGUAAAAGAUUUACAAAGUUAUCAACGCUUCUAAGGUUGUUUAAUUUGAAGGCAAAACAUGGAUGGAGUGAUCGAAGUUUGACAGAAUUACUUAGUUUUUUGAAAGAAUUGUUGCCUGAAUGUAAUGAGAUGCCAAUGUCAUUUUAUGAGGCCAAGAAAACAAUAUGUUCAUUAGGCAUGGAGUAUGAAAAAAUCCAUGCAUGCCCUAAUGAUUGCAUACUAUACCGAAAUAGGUUUUCUGAUGCAGAAUCAUGCCCUACUUGUGGGAAUGACAUUGAUGUCUAUCUAACUCCUCUUAUUGAUGACUUAAAAACUUUGUGGAAUGAAGGGGUUAGGGUUUACGAUGCAUACAAGCAAGAAGAGUUUAGCCUUAGAGUGGCAUUGUUGUGGACAAUCAAUGACUUUUCUGCUUAUGGAAAUUUAUCAGGUUUUAGUGUGAAAGGCUAUAAAGCUUGUCCCAUUUGUGAAGAAGAAACAUGCUCUCAGUACUUGAAACACUCCCGUAAAGUUUGUUAUAUGGGACACAGGAAGUUCUUGAAGAGUAAUCAUAUACUUGAACUUGGAAGAAGGCAUUUAAUGGCGAACAAGAGUGUGGGGAGGCUCCCCGACCUUUAA